UGAUCUCUGAUUACAGAUUAGAGGACGCUCUUUGUAUUUCUAUACAGUUGUUGUAUCAAGCCUUACAGAAUUAAUGAUUUUUUUUUAAGAUAAAAGAAAACCCUUGUUUUUCCAGCUUCGUUUCAUUCGAUUAAUUUGAGCUAAAGAAGGUGUUACUGUGCGGGUAUUGGUUGUUUGGGUUGAAAUGAUUGCUUGAUCUGAUUUUGGACUCAUCCAAACUUAGACUCAACUAUUGUUAUUGGUUAUGCUGGCAAAACAGCUAAAUUGAGGAGCCUGUAAGACUAUUUGAGGGUUUUUCUUUUUCAGGCUUUCUCAAAGAGAGAGGACAAUGUCAACUGGAAGAAAUACUCAUUGGUGUUAUAGAUGCAGGCGCCCAGUUCUCCUUCAAGGUCAUGAUGAAGUUUGCUGCUAUUGUGGCGGGGGAUUUGUUCAAGAACUAGAUGAUAUGGUGCGUAUCAGUUCUCUGGACUUUUUUGGAGUAGAUGGUAAUGAUGAUCGUGGUCAGAGGUUCGGUCUCAUGGAUGCUUUAUCAGCCUUCAUGAGACAGCGAUUGGCUGACAGAAAUUUUAACCAUAAUAUCAGGGGAAGAACAGAUUCAAUUCCUGAGCGUAAUCCACCACCAUUUGGUCCUUUAUUGAUCUUUGGUGGCCAAAUUCCUCUUAGGUUGUCUGGGAAUGGUGGUUUUGAAGCUCUUUUUAAUGGGGCACCUGGAAUCGGUAUUACACGAGGUAAUGCUGGAGAUUACUUUAUAGGCCCUGGCUUAGAAGAAUUGUUUGAACAGCUCUCAGCUAAUGAUAGGAGGGGCCCUCCCCCAGCAUCCCAAUCCUCAAUUGAUGCAAUGCCCACUAUUAAGAUUACUCGAAGGCAUCUUCAUUCUGAUUCACAAUGCCCUGUUUGCAAAGAUAAGUUUGAACUGGGGUCUGAAGCAAGACAAAUGCCAUGCAACCAUAUAUAUCAUUCAGAUUGCAUCAUCCCUUGGCUGGAGCAGCACAACUCAUGCCCUCUUUGUCGUCAAGAAUUGCCUCCACAAGGAUCAGGUAGCAGCCGCAGUUAUCACUCAGGUGGUCAAAGUAGGAGCAGCAGUUUUGGAACUAAUUCCAGCAGAAGGGAGAAUAGGGAGAAUCAAAGCAGACGGAAUCCAUUGUCCUAUUUAUGGCCAUUCCGAUCAUCUAGUUCUAGCUCUAGCCAAAAUGAAGCUGCUCGAAGCAGUUCUCCGAGUGUGCGAGAGAACAAUCACUCCAUGGGCUAUACUGGAUGGCCUUUUGACUGAGAUCUGUAUUUUAAGGACAUGCCUUUCUUUCUGUUUUGUUGUCUGUUUAAAAGUGAUUGAGGUCAACUUCGUCCAGUAAAAAGUGUGAACAAGUCUACCCCUUGGACGAGUACUUGUGUUUUAAAUGUUAGAUCAUUGUGAAGAGUAGACUACUAUCAAAACUAAAUUUCGUUGGUCAGUAGCUGUAGUCUCAUUAGAUGAGGGCUGGCUCAAACAAACUGUUGCAUGCUUUGAUGUUUGAAUAAAGUAGUAUAUGUGAAGUUAUAGGUGUGCAUUUGGUGAGUUUGGUUAAUUGAAUAUAAUUUCUGAUAUUAUUGAAUCAA